AUGAAUUUGCAUGAAAAUCUGAAGUCUGGUUAUGGAACAGAGAAAUGAUGAAUUAACAUAACAAGUAGGCUGCGGAUUUCGUGCAUUUGUGAAAAAUUGCGAGUAGCAUAAAUGUAUGUACCAAAUGCGUAUAAUAUAUAAAAAUACCUAUGCAUAUAAAAUAUUCAAAAUAAAGUAUGUCAUAACAUAUAGCAAGAUAAGAUAAAUUUCUUUUAGGUUCUGUUUCUUUAGUGAUGUUCACUAAAAUGCAUAAAACCCGCGUUAACGAGGCGAUGCUCGACAAAUCUAUCAAGUAAUCUAUCAAUUAUUUAAUCCUGUUUGCAGAGGGUAAAGUGGAGGUAUCGCGUGAUGGCAAAUAUUUGAGCACUCUGGCGCCGGGCAAGGUACUCGGCGAAUUGGCAAUUCUUUACAAUUGCAAGAGGACCGCAACGAUAACAGCAGCCACAGAUUGCCAACUAUGGGCCAUCGAUCGACAAUGUUUCCAAACGAUCAUGAUGAGGACCGGCCUUUCGCGGCAGGCCGAAUAUACAGACUUCUUAAAGAGACUUUUUACAACAAUGGGGAUUAUAUAAUCAGACAAGGAGCAAGAGGAGACACAUUUUUCAUAAUAAGCAGAGGACAAGUUCGGGUGACGAUAAAGCAGCCCGACACCCCCGAGGAAAAAUACAUUAGGACAUUGAGCAAGGGCGAUUUCUUCGGUGAAAAAGCACUUCAGGGAGAUGACCUGAGGACGGCCAAUAUAAUCGCUGACGAUCCGGAAGGAGUGAGUUGCCUGGUGAUAGACCGUGAAACGUUCAAUCAACUAAUCUCGUCCCUGGACGAAAUUCGUACGCGGUACAAAGACGAGCUCGUUGAACGUAGAAGUCUAGUAAUUAAUUAUCCAAUAGAGUUUGAAAACAAUUACUCAUGUAUUUUAAGGGACAAUCCUGCGGAACGUCUUGGUUAUCAAAAGGGUGGCAUUAGUGAAAUACAAAAACACAAAUGGUUCGAUGGUUUUAAUUGGGAAGGUUUAAGAGCGAGAACUCUCGAACCUCCAAUCAUGCCCAGAGUUCAAAAUGCCACCGAUACAACGAACUUCGACGAGUAUCCUCCGGAUUCAGAUCCACCACCUCCUGAUGAUUUAUCCGGCUGGGAUAAUGAUUUUUAA